CUGGACCUGAUUUGGAUUUGAUCAUACCACACAUGGAGUUUGAGUUACUCAAAGGAACAUUUUGCUGCUUUGGAGGGCGAUGAGGAUUCUACAACUGAAGCAGGAUUUUUUUAAAGAAACCCAGAGGUUUAUUUCUGUUUGAGACACCACUGGCUCAGAGAUGAUUUGUGCCCUGCACACUGGACUCAUGCUCUUCACUUUACUGGUGGUAUGUGAGAGUGAGCCCACACAUGCUGGGCCAGACAGAGAGGGGGACUCGCAUGGACAGCCCAGACUGGCCCAUCUCACUUCUCACUGGGCGUUUCAGCUGCUCAAUAACUCGCUCUCCUACUCCAGGGCUGACAGCUUCUGCAGAGGUCAGUUCAGCUCCCUUGCCAACCUCGACCAAUCAGAGGAGCAAGAAGGAGUCAUGGAGCUGCUUCGACAGACAGGAGUUCGCCCACCCAUCUGGGUCCAGAACCCAAACAAAGAAGCCAGCAAGCCGGUGGCCCUCUCAAAGCAAUAUUCAGAGUUCUCAGCUCUAAGCUUCCCAAAGGAUUCUCGUGAAGGGUUUGUCCGGGUCAACAUGUCGUUUCCUGCCCUGCCAUCAGUCAGUGUGUGUGUUCGUGUUCAGUGGAACCCAGAGUGGAAUGAGGUGUCCACUAUCUUUUCCUACGCUGCACCCGUCUUCACCAACGAGUUCCAGCUAAGAGGCCAAGCAGACAUGCAGGGACGUAUCCUGCUGGCACUGAUCAUCCAUGGGAAGCACCUGCCUUAUAAGGCGUCCUUUCCAAAUGAUGGAGCUUGGCAUCACAUCUGUGUCACGUGGCGCCGGAGCAAUGGCCACUGGGCUAUUUAUGUGGACGGGGAUAAGAAGGACUUGGGCUCAGACACAGACACUUCCAGAGAUAUUUAUAGUGAUGGGAUACUUAUUUUGGGUCAGGACCAAGAUUCGUUUGGUGGGAAUUUCACAGAGCCCUUUUUUGGGAAUAUCACUGACCUGAAUGUUUGGAAUAUGACUCUGGAAACAAGGCAUGUCCGUGCUCUCAACGCAUGUUCACCCCUUGACCAAGAGGUGGUCUUUGGUUGGAGUUUGGACCACCUCAGCAAACACCUAGUGGUCCAACAGGUACAGGUCCUUCUGUUUUGCCCAGCAGCUCUCCAGCAGAUGGAGCUGCAGGGCUGCAGGACUCUGCAGGGCUGGUCCAAUCAGCUCCCACUGUUUGACCCGACGGAUUGUUCUGAUCAUCUACCGUUCAUCUGCAGGAGCAGUAGAGAGCGAUACCUGAAGAUGAAGCAGAUGAGUGAAUCUCAGAGCUCGCAGCCGUCUGCCUUCAUGAACCAUCUGAUGAAACUUUCAAACAAAACACAGGCUGUGCUGGGAAAUCAGCCGGCUGAGCUGAGCAGCCUGGCUCAGGCGUCUGCCCUGCUGGACGUCUCUGUCCAGGCCCUGGAGGACACCCAGGAGGGACUGCAGCCAACCGACAUGGUGUCCCUCAUCCAGCUGCUGUCUCUGGCUGCUGACGUCCCCUCGCAGCCCCUCGCUGAUACCACCAAUCACAGCCAGGACAGCAUCCAGGAGCUCAGCCAGAACUUCAUCAGCGUGGCCGACAGCAUCAUCAGUGAAGACAACGCCCUCAAGUGGCAGGCCAUCAAGGAGGUGGUGAACGGCCCCAUGGAUGUGGUCAAGAGCAUUGAGCGGAUGGUGACCACCCUGAGCCCUCGCUUGAUGGCAGAGACUGAUCACCUGACCAUUCAUAGCCCUAACAUCAAAUUGGAGGUGCAGCAGCAGAGACUUCAGGAAGGAUCCAAAGGUUCCAGCUUCUGUGGGCCUGAGUCUGAGAAACACACCGACAUAGACUGUAUCUCAGUCCCUCAGCACAAGAUACAGGAUCUCCAUAACAACGGCUUCCACCGGCUCACGUUGGUUAACACGUGGUACGGCUCCCUGCGGCCUCUUUUCAAUCCUGAGGAGAACAUCACCAUGGUUCCUACUGUCACUGACGGCAGCCAGAGGUAUUUGGGCACCGUCCUGGGCUCCUCAGUUAUAUCCACCACCGUUCUUGGAGACAACCAGCCGGUCAGCACAGCGGUCCACUUCAAGCUCCAACACAGAGUGCAGAAUCCUGCUGGUACUGUUUAUGAUCCGGUGUGUGCCUUCUGGGAUUUUGAACUCACACUGGAGGCAGGUGGGUGGUGGAAUACGAAAGGCUGUGAGAUAGUGUCCAAACAAUAUGGAUACACUGUGUGUUACUGCAACCACACCACCAAUUUUGCAUUGCUGCUUCAGGUUUAUGAAGCCCAGAGGAGCCCGGAGAACGAAAAAGCUCUGCAGGUGCUGACGUUCAUCGGCUGUGGAGUGUCUCUGUGUGGCCUCCUCUUCACCUUCAUCCUCUUCAUCGCUGUGGGUGUCCCUAAAUCUGACCGUACCACUGUUCACAAGAACCUGAUCGUUGCUCUGGGCACUGCUGAGCUGCUGCUGAUGUGCAGCGACUGGGCAUCUGCAAAUGAGGCAGCUUGCUUUGCGGUAACCGCACUGCUCCACCUCUUCUUCAUGGCCUCCUUCUCCUGGAUGUUGGUGGAGGGUCUCCUACUCUGGAGCAAAGUCGUCUCAGUCAACAUCAGCGAGGACCGCAGGAUGAAGCUCUACUACAUCAUUGGAUGGGGACUACCUGUUCUAAUAGUUGGAGUAACACUGGCGGUAUCAGUGGACAAGUACAAGGCAGACGGUCACUGCUGGCUCAAUGUGAAGACUGACACCAUCUGGGCCUUCGUGGGUCCCGUUAUAUUUGUGUUGGCGGUCAAUGCGGUUGUGCUGUGUCGGGUUGUCAUGGUGACGGUUUCCAGCGCUCGCCGCCGUACUAAGAUGCUCAGUCCAAGCUCGGCAUCAAAGAUGCAGACCUUUGACCUCACCUGGGCCGUGACCCGCCCGGUUCUCAUCCUGCUGCCUGUGCUGGGUCUGACCUGGCUGUGUGGAGUCCUCGUCCAUCUGUCUGUAGUAGUGGCCUACGUCUUCAUCGCUCUCAAUGCAUUCCAGGGCCUCUACAUCUUCUUGGUGUAUGCUGUUUACAACAGUGAGGUGAGGAAUGCCAUAAAGAGGAUCAAAGAGAAGAGGAAGGCCUUAUCUUUCACGAAUUGCUCCCAGCCAACCAGCUUUCUUCCCUCCCAGAGGGCCCCCAUCUCCUCCUGGGGCCACAGUGCUCUGACCCCCUCCAGCCCUGAGACCAGUGAGACCUCUGGACCCCCCAGCUCAGCCUCCACAUCGCUGGUCAUCAAGAAUGAGAGCUUCAGGAAGGAGAGUUUUGUGACUUUCUCUUUGAAACCAUCAUCAGGAAAUCAAGUGGUCCAGCUGACUGGGUUCAAGCCAUCGGGUUGUUGAACUGCAAAUGGAGUGGAUCCCGAUACUUGACCACAAUAAACGUGCACCUCAGUGCACGAGGAGGAAGGAGGAAGUGGGAACACUCAGAGCAACUACAAGAAGUGCAUGUACGCAGCCGCACAUACACAAAGCAGCAGAGAGAGAGAAUAUGGAACAUAAAAGAUAAAGGUCCAAAGUUUCUGUGCUAAUAGUCUCUGUGGUUUUUGCACAUAUCAGA